AUGCCACGCCAACGCCGCACUGGAAUCGUGUACGACGUCCGCGAGCAGGGAACGGCUCGCCUGAUUUUUGACGAGAGACGCACCAAAUUUGAUGGAGUCCUUGACACAAUUUCCGGCGAGACAAUGUUGGUCCGUGGCCGUGUGACGUCACCAGACGCUAGUACCUCCGCCCCCGCCACUGAUGGUAGUAUUUUAAUGGAUGUGGACGUUGUGGAUGGAGAAGAGGGAUCUGCAUUCCAUGUGACUGGUGUCAAGGUUUUCGUCGAUGAGCAGUAUGCGGCUAUCGAUUCAACAGCCAUCAAGUUUGAGGCACUUGAUCGCUUGAUUGGCAUGAAAGCCGCCGUCGAGAUCCAACAACACAUCAGUCCCGAGAUCGCCGAGGAGUCCAAGGAGGUGUUCGUCGGAAAAAUGCAAAUCCACUUGCUCACUUCGCACCGCCCAUCCCCAUCGAUUCGUCGCGAAUCGGUGUGCGCCGAGAAUAAUGAUAUCAAGAUUUUAGAAUGUUCAGAUGACUUUUUGUCUUAG